AAUAUAUAGUCUACGACAUGGAAUGGACAGAUCGCGAUUUAACCACGUUAAACGUGUAACUCGAAAGUAAGCAAGGAGGCGCCCGUAUUAUAAACGCACACAGUGUUCUCGCGCUAGAAAAUCAAAUAUUCUUCGCAAAACCACGAAAAAACUCGACAACCUAAACAAAAUUCGACAUUCUUGUGCAGUAGUGAUUCAAGGGUAGAAUCGACGGUUUAUUUAGUACUGGUAACGGCGAUUUACCGUUAAUCUACUCAUUCAUUUGAAUUUUUUGUACUUUUUAUUGUGAUUCACAGUCUUCGAAUAUACAAGGAAAAAGCUGUAACCAGAGAAAGACGCAAAUUUGUGACGCUGAGGGCUUUAAAUGACUGGAAUGCUCUUCCAGAAAGAGUGGUUACUGCCCCAACCCAAGAAAUCGACCAGCUUUGGGCAACGUCUCAGUUCAAGCAAUGAUUGAGCUUGCCUGAUGCAUCGUCAAAAUCAGCCACAAAGUUGAAAAACAUCCAAACGGAGGAAUUUCGUGGAGAGAAAGUAAAAGUGAAAGCGAGGAAGUCGCAGGCCCUUUGCAAGGAGCCUCUUUCCAUGGACAGCUUCAGCUUCAACUUCAACUUCAACUUCAACUUUAUUAGGAUUAUGAAUGAGUUUGCGGAUUUGCGUUUUUAUCGCGAAUUUGUGGGCUUAAAAAGUGAUGUGGCCCAGCGCGGCUCGCUGCGGCUACUGCCAAAAGGCGAUAUCAAAAUCGCAACUGUCUAGACACCGGAGAAGGCCAAGAUUACUUUACCGAGAAGGCUGCACCAGUGGCUGCCUACGACCCGGCCCGGCCGGCACCGCAAAAGUGACCGGCACCGCAAAAGCGAAGGACAACCGGCUGAUGGUAUCCUUCGCCAGUGGAGCUGCUGUUUCUGGAGCUGCUGCUUCUGCUGCCCCAGUUAUAGCGAGAGACGCCAGCCCCCUGGACCAGCCGCUGGCUGCUGUCGCCUACAUGGAAGUGACCACGACACCGACAGGGGCCGGUUCGGUGCAGGCACACCAGCUUGCGCCGACACUGACGAGUGACGGUGGUUUUCACGUCGCCCCUGAUGCCGGCGAGGGGCCAGCCAGACCCGUCGAUGCGGCGACCGCGGUACCAGCUGACGCUGUCGAGCAAGAGCGCGCACAUUUCACUGGUACUGCAUCGCAGUGUCGCCACCACGCACGGAGGACGCCAGAGGACGGCCCGUCAGUCUUCACGGCCAGCGCGCUGGGCCGGCACGGGUCACACGCUCGGUGAAGUAGCUGCCCUGCGCGUACAGCUCGACAUCAUCUGUGGUGUCAUCCCAGCCUUUCUUCACAUCAUUCACUCGCCGCUUCAGCCACGCCGCCGCCGGCCGCAGUCAUCCGGCCACGGAGGAGAUAAGUGAUAGGCCGACCACACCACAAGAACAGUGCUCUCCGUGUAAAUAUCACGACCGGAAGUGCGCGAGCUACUGACUGGAGACGGUGCUCGCGCUGACGCUGUUUCCUCGACGUUUAUGCAGUUCCUGGCGAGGUGACCGGUCUUGCUGCAGGUUUAAUAACGCCGUGCCCGGUCCGCCGUGGACCGUGGCGACCCGCUGGUCUGACCGACCCGCCGGUGUCUUGGCGUCUCACACCCGCUGCUGCCGAGAACACGUUCGUCACUCAACACUGCCCGCGCCAGGAUGCUGGCCAGAUCCAGGCCUUCUGCGCGCGUGUCGGCCCGAAUUGUGCUGCUAACGGCGUCUGGUAGCCCGGCGAUGAAAGCACUGGCGAUGAAAGCACCUACCCGAAUGCAAGCCGAAUGCAGCAAAAGAUGCUCCUCCAAGUGUGGAAACCGAGCGUCGUGCGCGCUCCAAAUUUUAAUACAACCAAUUUUUGCAG